AUGAACCUAUUCUUUGCUUUAUACUAUUCCAUCAUAACUGGAACCACAACGUCUUCGUCGCCUGACUUCAAUUUGAGUUUAUCAGAAAGGGCGUUAGCCGCCGCUGGAGCCGCUUUUCUAUCUGCAGUUAUAGUAAAUCCUCUCGAUGUCGCAAAGACUAGAUUGCAAGCUCAGGCUGCUGGUGUUCCAUAUCAGAAUCUCCACUCCAAAUGUCGCUUUGAACCAAACACAGGUUCAAUUUUCGAAGUCACCGUCUUUCCAAAUCGAAUCCAAAGGGUUUGUGUCUGGACUGCUGUGAUGUUGUGUGUUCUUACUAUACUCGAUGCUUGCACACUCAUCACAAGAUUCACAAGGGUUGCUGGUGAACUUUUUGGCAUGUUGAUUUCAGUGUUCUUUAUGCAAGAGGCUAUUAAGGGAGUUAUUAGUGAGUUCCAUAUACCAAAAGGAGAAAAUGAAAGAGUAGAGGAGUACCAAUUUCAAUGGCUAUAUACAAACGGGUUGCUUGCAAUUAUUUUGGCAUUUGGUACCCUCAUGACUUCCAUGAAGAGUAGAGGUGCUAGGGCUUGGCCAUAUGGUGUAGGGUGGAUGCGUGGUCUUAUAGCAGACUAUGGGGUUCCUCUAAUGGUGUUAGUGUGGACUGCAAUAUAUUAUAUCAAGCCUAGAGAUGUUCCUCCUGGUGUUCCUAGACGCCUUUUUUGUCCCCUUCCUUGGGAACCUGGAUCUUUGUCUCAUUGGACAGUCAUUAGGGUAUUUUUUUACUGCUGUUUCUUCAGCUUUGGAGUUUUCAGAAGCCAUGAGAAGUAUGAUUGCUUUCAUUUAGCUGUUGGCAAGGUUUUAAGGGAAGCAGCAGAAGCUAAAGCUGCUGCUCAAGCUGAGGCUACAGAAUGGAAACACAAAUAUGAAUUGGAAAGAGAAAAGAAUCUGCAAUUGGAACAAAAAUAA